AAUCAGAGCGUUGCUAUGGCUCGAACUGACCAAUAGCAGAGGGAGGGAGCGGGAAAUUUAAAUCCCGCCUGGAGCCGCCCCGCUCAGUGGCAGCGUGAGGCUCGGCCGGGGCGGAACGGGAGCGAGUGUGUGCUUUUCUUCUCCUCACUUGUCUUCUGAACUCUAAGCAAGAUGUCCACUAAUGAGAAUAGCAAUACAGCAGCUCGCUUGAACAGAUUCAAAAACAAAGGAAAAGAUACUACAGAAAUGAGAAGGCGGCGUAUUGAAGUCAAUGUAGAGCUGAGGAAAGCUAAGAAAGAUGAUCAGAUGCUUAAAAGAAGAAACGUUAGCACUUUUCCAGAUGAUGCCACUUCUCCCCUUCAGGAAAAUAGGAGCAAUCAGGUUUCUGCACACUGGUCUGUUGAAGAAAUAGUCAAAGGAGUUAAUAGCAAUAAUAUGGAGCUUCAGUUGCAGGCUACUCAAGCUGCCAGGAAACUCCUUUCAAGAGAGAAGCAACCCCCCAUAGACAACAUAAUUCAGGCUGGUUUGAUUCCAAGAUUUGUCUCCUUCUUGAAUAGAGCAGACUGUAGUCCUAUUCAGUUUGAAUCUGCCUGGGCACUUACCAACAUUGCUUCAGGCACAUCAGAGCAGACCAGGGCAGUAGUAGAUGGUGGGGCUAUUCCAGCCUUCAUUUCACUUCUGGCCUCUCCUCACAUUCACAUCAGUGAACAAGCUGUGUGGGCAUUAGGAAAUAUUGCAGGGGAUGGUUCUAUCUACAGAGAUCUAGUUAUUAAAUUUGGUGCAAUUGAACCACUACUGACUCUACUAGCUGUUCCUGAUCUCUCCUCUCUGGCUUCUGGAUAUUUACGCAAUGUUACCUGGACCCUCUCAAACUUGUGUCGUAACAAGAAUCCUGCACCACCCAUAGAAGCUAUUGAGCAGAUUCUUCCAACUCUUGUCCGUCUCUUGCAUCAUGAUGAUCAUGAGGUGUUAGCAGACACGUGCUGGGCACUCUCCUAUCUAACAGAUGGUUCCAAUGACAGGAUAGAAGUUGUUGUGAAAACUGGAUUGGUGCCACAGCUCGUCAAACUGCUGGGCUGUGGGGAUCUGCCAAUAGUGACUCCUUCUCUGAGAGCCAUAGGAAAUAUUGUUACUGGUACUGAUGAACAGACACAGAUUGUUAUUGAUUCAGGAGCCCUCUCUGUCUUUCCAAGUCUCCUAUCUCAUCAUAAAAACAACAUUCAAAAAGAAGCUGCAUGGACAAUGUCCAACAUCACAGCUGGACGGCAGGACCAGAUUCAGCAAGUUGUAGAUCAUGGCCUUGUGCCUUAUCUCAUUGGUAUUCUGAGGAAGGGAGAUUUCAAAUCUCAAAAAGAAGCUGUGUGGGCUGUGACCAACUACACGAGCGGUGGAACAAUUGACCAGAUUGUGUAUCUUGUUCAGGCUGGUGUUGUUGAACCUCUACUGAAUCUCCUCACUGCUAAAGACAGCAAAACUGUGCUAGUAAUUUUGGAUGCUGUUUCUAAUAUCUUCCUGGCUGCUGAGAAGAUAAAUGAGACUGAGAAACUUUGCCUCAUGAUCGAGGAGUGUGGAGGUCUAGACAAAAUUGAAGCUCUUCAGUCACAUGAGAAUGAGCAAGUGUACAAGGCCUCGGCCACCCUGAUUGAAAAAUAUUUCUCAGCAGAAGAGGAGGAGGACCAGAAUGUUGUACCAGAAUCUACUGCUGAUAGUUACACUUUCCAAAUUCAGGGCAAUACUCCCAAUACUUUCAACUUCUAGAUGCUGCACACACUGCAACCACCUACCAGCCAUGUGGGAUACAGAUGGCUGCCACUUCUGUGUCUUAAUAGCCUCUUUAUUUUUUUUUUUUACCUCUAGCACUUUGUCCAACUGAAACAUACUUGAACAGUUCAAGACUGUACAUAUGUGAAUUUUUAGCUGUUAAAUUCAUUCUGACUUUCUUGUAAAUACAUCUUCUCUUCUGUCUUCUGGCCUUUUACUGUAUCUGUCUUAUGUAAGAAUACAAGUAGGUAUUUUAAGCUUCUUUCUGUAACCCCUUGCUCUGUGUAACAUAUUGCAAUCAAAACACUGAGUAAGCUUUUAAGGAGGAUUCUUUUCAAGUUCAAUAAAGUGUUAACAAUACCUCAAA